GACUAAGCACGCUUACUUUGUGACCUCAUGAAUGAUGCGUUCGUAUAAAUUUCCCCCCUACUGUACACAUUGGACAUCUUCCGAGCAAACAUAUUAGAAUGGCUUUGAUCUGGCCAUUUAAAUGCAUCCACUGUCGGCGCCUGUAUCACUUCACUUCCACGCGACCUAAAUUCGUAGAUGAGAAUUAAAGCUCACCGACCAACUAUCUUCACGCCAUGGAGAGUCCAGAAGCAUCACAGACCAAUGUAAUCAUCACAAAAGGCAUCUUUACUGGUCUACCUACCUUCCCACCAUCUCUCAGCGGGUUUUCAGCAGUUGUUGUUGGUGCCAGUGGGAUUUCUGGUCAGCAUAUGCUCCAUGUGCUGUCGCAAUCCCCAAAACGUUGGAGCAAGAUCUACGCGCUAUCUCGCUCGCUACCUCACAUCCCUGACAACACGGACGAUCGAAUCAUCCAUGUUCCUGUAGAUCUAUUGAAGGGCCCGGAAGAAAUCGCAGCGGCAAUCAGAGGAGCCCAGGUGAAGGCGGAUUAUGUGUUCUUUCUUGCGUACCUUCAGCCGCCUCCCAAGCCAGGAGCGUCUUUGUGGUCCAAUACCGACGAAAUGAACGCAGUAAAUAGCGAUAUGCUGUCCAGCUUCCUGCAGUCUCUCUUGCUAACGUCACUUCGACCUCGUCGCAUUGUUCUUCAAACAGGCCUCAAGCAUUACGGGACACAUUUGGGUCCAACGUCCAUUCCGAAUAUGGAAUCUGCAGCUCGACUUUCAUCCCCACCCUUUCCGCCAAAUUUCUACUACAAGCAAGAGGACCUGCUCUUUGAGUUCUGCCGAGUUCACGCGCCUUCCACCUCAUGGAACGUGAUUCGGCCGUCUUGGGUUCUCGGUGCCGUUCCGGAUGCGGCUAUGAAUAUUCUAUAUCCCCUCGCAAUCUACGCGGUCGUGAAGCAGGCCAUGGGAGAGAGCCUGGACUUUCCAGGAGACUGGGAUGGGUGGGAUAAGGAGCAGAUGCAAAGCUCCGCAAUGCUCAACGGAUACUUAAGUGAGUGGGCGGCCCUAACGGCGCCUGCAGCGAACCAAGCUUUCAAUGCGUCCGAUGGGGGCGCUUGGACGUGGGGAAUGUUCUGGCCUAUAUUGGCCGGGUGGUAUGGCAUCCCCUGGAAUCCUCCGGUCAUGGAUGAAAGCAAAUACAAGGCAAUUGAGACUGGCCCAGCUCCUAGAGGGUACGGUCCCCCUGGCAAGAUCCGGUAUAUGUUCUCACUUGUCGACUGGGCGCAGCGGCCUGAGGUGCAAGUUGCGUGGGCUCGGAUUGCCAAGCAGCAUAGUAUCACGGCGAAUCCAUUCAAAGACCUCGAACGGAUUUGGAGUCCGACUCAUUUAGCUCUCGUAACCCCUUGGGCGAUGUCCGUCAGGAUGGACAAAGCACGGAAGAUGGGUUGGCAUGGGUAUGCGGACACUCUAGAGGUUGUGAUGGAAACAUUUGAGCGUUUCGCUGAGCUCAAGAUGAUCCCACCCGUUCCCUUCCUAUCCAGGGCGGACGAAAGGUCUAUUCACCUAGGGUAAAACCAGCCGAGGGAUUUUCUGUGGAACCUAAACACGGAAGAUUUCGAUCUUGGUUUCUUCGCUGUACACUACAAGCAAUUGCAUGGUGUUAGCUAGACAUAGUUCACAUGCUCAGGUAUAUACAUGCGAUUACUAUAUUCAUUCAGUCUAGGUUUUCUCAGGAGAACUCAGCGGAUGGCUACAAAUAGAUCAGUAGAUAAUACAAUGCUUUUGGUGCUUUACCUUCAGCAGGUCGCAUAACAGCUAUCUCUUCAGGUAGAAAUAGAAAAGGCUCUCUCCC